AUGGCGUUCCUGGCCGGGCCGCGCCUGCUGGACUGGGCCAGCUCCCCGCCGCACCUGCAGUUCAACAAGUUCGUGCUGACCGGGUACCGGCCGGCCAGCAGCGGCUCGGGCUGCCUGCGCAGCCUCUUCUACCUGCACAACGAGCUGGGCAACAUCUACACGCACGGGCUGGCCCUGCUGGGCUUCCUGGUGCUGCUGCCGAUGACCAUGCCCUGGGGUCAGCUGGGCAAGGACGGCUGGCUGGGGGGCACACACUGUGUGGCCUGCCUGGCACCCCCUGCAGGCUCCGUGCUCUACCACCUCUUCAUGUGCCACCAGGGGGGCAGCCCCGUCUACACCCGACUCCUUGCCCUGGACAUGUGCGGGGUCUGCCUCGUCAACACCCUGGGGGCCCUGCCCAUCAUCCACUGCACCCUGGCCUGCAGGCCCUGGCUGCGCCCCGCUGCCCUGGUGGGCUACACCGUGCUGUCAGGCGUGGCUGGCUGGCGGGCCCUCACCGCCCCCUCCACUGGCGCCCGGCUCCGCGCCUUUGGGUGGCAGGCCGGAGCCCGCCUCCUGGUGUUCGGGGCGCGGGGAGUGGGGCUGGGCUCCGGGGCCCCGGGCUCCCUGCCCUGCUACCUGCGCAUGGACGCGCUGGCGCUGCUCGGGGGGCUGGUGAACGUGGCCCGCCUGCCGGAGCGCUGGCGACCCGGCCGCUUCGACUACUGGGGCAACUCCCACCAGAUCAUGCACCUGCUCAGCGUGGGCUCCAUCCUCCAGCUGCACGCCGGCGUCGUGCCUGACCUGCUCUGGGCGGCCCGCCACGCCUGCCCCCCGGACUGAGCUGCCGCCACCGCCCGCCCGCCCGCCGCCGCCCGCCCGCGGUCUCCUCGAGCCAACACCAUCAAGCUUCCCCUGCUGCUGGUCUGGCGGGGCUUGACUUCCUCAGGGCUGCCCAGCUGGGAACUCGUCUGCUCACCCCUGCCGCCCGGUGGACCAGCCUCCUCUCCCCGCUCCCUGGAGUCCUGUCUCACUGCGGGCUGGAAGUUUCCUCCUGUGGGCCUCCGCUGCCCCUCUCUGACCUGAGUGUCGGAGCUGAGGGACACUGGAGUCAUUUCUUGCUCUGAACUUUUGAAUCCUGCCGGCAAAGGCCAUCACCUCCCCUCCUUGGGCCCUCAUAUGUGGCACCUGUGGCUGCCUGGCCCAGGCUCCGACCAUGCUUCCUGACCGCCACCUCCGCCCUGCCCGAUGCCAGCCCAUCUAGAGACUGUGGUGGGAGGGGCUUGGGUGGCAAGACCGACCCCUUAUCCCAGGACCAAGGGACAGGACGGCAGUAGCUGCUGCUUUUUCGAGGCAGCUGGCACUGAGACAGCUGCGUCGCCCUGACCCAGGACCCCUCCACCUCGAGUGCCAUGCUGACUGCUACAUCUGCCCGCCGGGCCGUGCCUGCUCAGGAAAUCUUUCUUUCACACAGCGUUUGGCUCCCAGCUCCAGCCCUGGCCGGCCGGGCCCUGCAGCAGGGCUCAGCCCUGGCUCCUGGGCCGCAGACCCUGGGCGACAUCAAUAAAGGGGGCAGGAAGCGCUGCAUUGUCACAAAAGCACGCUUGGGUGCUCCCCAGAUCCAAGUAGCUUUAUUAGACAUGGCCGGACAGGAGGGGCCCUGGACUUCCCAGGGGACCUCGGUCUCCAGGAGGAGGGAGGGGCUGGAAGGGUAAAAGCACGGAGGCUAGUGCGGCUCAGCUUGGGCCCAGUGAGUCCUCAAACAGACUGAGGAGGUUCCGAGGCUCAAAGGAGGGGAAGGUGCCCCGAGGUGGUUCAGAGUCUAGGUCACUUAGGUCCAGGGGAUCCCUGCGGAGGGCGGGAAGAGAAAUGACCCUCAGGACCCGUAAGCCACCCCUCCCACGGCCUGGGCCGGGGCCCACUCACCUCAUCGGGCACCUGCUCUGGGGCGUGGAGGUGCUCCCGGGAGUCCUGGCUAGCAUGGCCUCUGGAGACAGCGAGGGUCUGUGGAGGGUGGGCAAGAAGAGUGGGGUGUUUUGCAGAAGAGGACCAA